AUGACUUUAGAUUCAGUUGAAGCUUAUCACAUUCUCCGUAAUGGAAUUACUGGUGGUUUAUCAAAUGUUCAACAUCGUGUUAAUCUUAAAGGAAUCACACACAUUAAUAAACUUUCAUAUAGUCCAGAAACUAAAACUGUAUCAAAUGAGGACACCACCAACAUUAUGACUCAUUUCGUUGGUGUUGACUUUAAUUCAUUAUAUCCUUCAUCAUUUUCAUCUAAUCCUCAUGAUUAUGACUCCAUUGAUUCCAUUCAGGAUUUAAACAAUGUUUAA